UCUUUCAUUUGUAAUGUAACUUUUAAUCCAUCUUUCUAAUACCAGAAAAAUAAUUAUUCGUGAUGUGUUUGUAAUUAAAUUAAAGGAGAAAAACAAUGGAUUUGUUGAAAACACCGUCAAUUCAAUCUUUACUAGAUUCUGAUUUAGAAUCAGUUGAAAGUCUGCAUUAUAUCGACUUUGAAGAGCUUGAUGAAGUUGAAUAUGCAUUGCCAGCAAGUGAAGCACCUACUUUAGCAGAAGCUCUGUCUGCAGAAGAUGGAGGAUUUGAUGACAACAAUGAUAAGAAUAAAAUGGUCAAAGAGUCAGUGACCUGUUCAGCACUGCAAGUGGAAUUUCUGCAAGCUAUAUCUCAACAGUUGACUCAGGCUCAAGAAAGAUCACUAGCUGGAGCAGCUACCGCCCUCAGUGUCGGCUCUACUGGGAAGACCACAGUAGGGACAGCUCAUGGUCAUAUACUGUCAUUCCAAGAUCAAACAUUGAGAUGGGUUUGUGACGCCAAUGAGAAUUGCGGCGCAGUGACAUGUUUAGCGUACAAUAAUGACAGUACGCGACUUUUGGCCGGAUACGCAAGGGGACUUAUCUUUCAAUAUGAAAGCGUAAGAGGAGUUAUUUUGAGACGCGUCACACUCGGUGGCGAGACGUGGGGCGCUCUGCGAGUAACGUGGGCAGGGACCUCCGGCCUCGCACUGGAUACAGGUGGUUCAGUCUGGUUAAUGAAGUUCUCACGUCCGCUUGGCGUUCGCUCCGCUCGAGUCUCGUGCCUUUUCUCCGGCGCGCGAGGCGAGGUGGUUGUAAUGUCUGCACGGGACGCCCGAAUCUUGGCUUUAGCGACACUAUCUCGAGUGAUAAUAGUCGCCGGAGGUCGAGCAGCGGGAGUCCGACUUGAAGGACCACCGGACACUCUCCCAGUUUUAGAGUGGUGCGAAUCCGAUAAUAGGAUCCUGGUGUGUGCGCGAUUUAACACGUUACAGUGGUUAUCUAUAGAUAUAACGGGCACAAGUAUAGUUUUGCGGCCAGUACAAAAAGUAGAGUUGAACGCGACGCCUCUCUGGAUGGGCUGGCUCGGUGGUAGCCUCGCUAUAUUCGACUCUAACGAAAAUCUUCGACUGUGGGGCGAUGAUAACGAUAAGCCCCUAGAUCUCUCUAAUAUUGAGCCAGUAUAUUCGUCAGCAUUUUUCAAGGGUCUUUGGACGGAUGGUCGCGUGUCUCUUGCGAUGUGCAAAGCUGGAGAAAGUGCUUUAGCGGGGAUUUGCGUUGCGGAAGGCGCGCUGUCAAUUCUCGGUCGCAAAGGGAUAAUGCGAGUUCGUCCUCGGGACAUACUAGCAAGGACUCGGGCGUUCGUCUCGUCCGGCCGGCACCUGCAGGCGCUGCGACUGCUCUGCGCCGCACAGGACCCCAACGCCAAGACAGUAGCCACUGAUCUCGUCCAUAUGCUGGCAGAAAGGCCCCACAUAUUGAGCAACAAAAAUGUCGCUGUUCAGACCAUUAAACUAUGUUUGAAGUUCGAAUUAAUCGAGGAACUAUGGUCAAAUUUGUGGGAGAAUUGCUCCAGUGAAAAAGCUUUUGUGGAAGCGUUGGGCGAUGCAAUUGUGCGCGGAGAGUUUUCUGCCGCGCCGCCCUCACCUGAUUACACACAAGCACUGAUAGAGAGGCUGGCGGAGUUCGAGCCGGAGCUGGUAGAACGCGUAGUGGCGUCGGUGCCGCUCACGGCGCUGGACCCGCACCGAGCCAGCGUCUUCACCAGGGAGAAGGGCUUGUGGCGCGGCGUCGGCGCUAUCGCCGCUGCUAUAGACGGCAGUAGUGGUGCAAUGCGCACGCUGUCCGCGUACGUGUCGAGCGCGUGCGAGGCGCGUGCGGGCGGACGCUGCAGCUGCGCGGGAGGUGCACUACUGCUGGCGGCGGCGGACGCGCUGGCGGGCCGCGGCGCCGCCGGUCGCCCGCUGCCCGAGCACGCUCGCCCGCUCGCCCGGCACGACGCCCUGCACGCACUACUGCACGAUAUGGGCAGCGACGAGUCCCCACUGGCGGUGUUGGUGCGGCACGAGGCGGCGGCGGCGGUGCAGCUGCUGGAGCAGGGCGCGCGCGACCCGCCCUUCGCCGGUCCGCUCGCCAAACAGAACCGACUGCGUGUCGCCCGCGCGCUGCUCGCACUAGCCCUCGCGCCUCCCUCCGAACCCGACGUGCAGGAUCCCGCCUGCCAGAUUGAGAUACUUGACUUUAUAAGUGGACAACUUCAGUCGGGCGCUCUGCCGCUGGACCAGGAGGUAGUGAGCGGCGUCCGGCAGCUGGCCGCGGCGGCCGAGGGCGAGCGCGCCGACCGCGCCUGGCUCGGCGUCGUGACGCGUCUGCGCGCGCAGCGGGACCACGCCCUCGCCGCCUACAGGGACGCCAUACCCCGCCCGAGAGUACUGUGGCGAUUCGACGUCCUGCUCGAUCGCCACGAUAAUGUUCUACAAGAGUUUUUUAAAAUAGAACAUCCUUCCUCGUUAGAUCUGGACGAACUCAUCGAAUAUAUCCGAUCGAGAUUCCAAGUGGACGACGCCAUAAAGACCCGCUUGCAGCCCUAUCUGAAAUCUCUUAUUGAAUUACGACCGCAGGCGUCCGCGGCUAUAAUCAAGGACCAUUAUGAAACAUCGAUAGCUAAUAUUUUCAGCACGCUAGAAGGGGAGUGCGCCCUCGAAUUCGGGCGGCGACUUCUGGACAUGGCGAGCCUCAAGGGCGACGCGGCGGCGAUAUAUCUCCGGAGGCUGUGCACGUUGCGGCCUACGGAGGUGAAAAAAUUCUUAGAGAACGGCGCCGGUGUAGUUCGACCCGAGGACGCUUUGGCUAUAAUCAAGGAGCUCGGUCCGAAAGAGGCCGAGCCGGCGUGUCUCGAGGCGACGGGCGACCCCUCCGGCGCGCUCGAUGCGAUGUUGGACCUGAUUUCGUCGAACGACAACACCAAAGCGGCGCGCAUUGCGGAAGCGUGCGAGUUGUGCGUACGCGUCGCGCCGAGUGCGCCGCCCGACGUCUCCGCGGAGAUGUGGACGCGGCUGCUGCGGCGAGUCGACGAGGUGCCCCCCUCCUUGCUAUUCGAGGCGAUAGCCUAUUUGCCAGUGGACGAACUAUUGGUGAAAACCUGUGAUUCUCCAAAAGUGGCACUAACCAUACUGGAGAGUGGCGCGGGGAGGUUGCGCGUGUGGGAAUGCGCGAAACGAAUAGCAGAGCAGGAGUGUCACGGCGCUUUGGCGAGCGCGCUGGCGAAGGCGCGAAGAGGCCUGGCGGUGCGAGGCGACUGCCUGCAGUGCGGCGAGAGACUGGUGUCGCGAAUGGCCGCGCGCUCGGCGCACUGCUCGCGAGCCGUGCACGCGGAUUGUGACGGACAAACCGUCUGCACAACUUGCGGCAAAAGUAUUCCCACUGAGGUGUACGUGUUGCCGCCUCUCGGUCGCCGCCUGUUCUCCUCCAUACCUCAGGACAAUCCGCUGCUAUUGACUGCGCCUCCUAGACCGGACCUCGAAGGCGUCGCGUAAAAAAUUAAAUUAUACAAA